CGUGCGAGACUCGUUUGAUCAAACAAGUUUCUUAGUGAAGGUUUUUCUGUAAAAAAAAAUCAUCAUCAUGAAGAUCGAGGAAGUUAAAAGCACUGCUAAAACCCAAAGAAUUUCCGCACAUACACACGUUAAAGGCCUCGGCCUGGACGAAAAUGGACAGGCAUUACCGUUUGCAGCCGGUCUCAUUGGUCAAGAAAUGGCUAGAGAGGCUGCAGGAUACAUCGUUGACAUGAUCCGAAGUAAAAAAAUGGCAGGCCGUGCAAUUUUGUUUGCUGGCCCACCUGGCACAGGAAAAACUGCUAUUGCUUUAGCCAUUGCCCAGGAGUUGGGCAACAAAGUGCCUUUCUGUCCAAUGGUAGGCUCUGAAGUUUACAGUACUGAAAUUAAGAAAACAGAAGUCCUUAUGGAGAACUUUAGAAGGGCUAUUGGUUUGAGAAUCAAAGAGUCCAAAGAGGUGUAUGAAGGUGAAGUUACAGAGUUGUCACCAGUAGAAACAGAAAAUCCAAUGGGUGGCUAUGGCAAAACAGUAUCGCACGUUGUUAUUGGAUUGAAAACAGCUAAGGGAACGAAACAGCUCAAGUUGGAUCCUUUAAUUUAUGAGUCUUUACAAAAAGAAAAAGUUGAAGUGGGAGAUGUUAUUUACAUUGAGGCAAAUAGCGGUGCUGUCAAGAGGCAAGGUAGAAGUGACAACUAUGCAACUGAAUUUGAUUUAGAAGCCGAAGAGUAUGUGCCUCUGCCCAAAGGAGAUGUACACAAAAAGAAAGAAGUCGUUCAGGAUGUGACCUUACACGAUCUUGAUGUUGCCAAUGCAAGACCUCAAGGAGGUCAAGAUAUCAUGUCCAUGAUGGGCCAGCUAAUGAAACCUAAGAAAACCGAAAUAACAGACAAAUUAAGAAAAGAAAUUAACAAGGUAGUAAACAAAUACAUUGACCAAGGAAUCGCCGAGCUGGUUCCAGGAGUUUUAUUUAUUGACGAAGUACACAUGCUUGACAUUGAAACAUUCACUUACCUUCACCGAGCUUUGGAAACGGCUAUUGCACCCAUUGUCAUUUUCGCGACGAAUCGCGGCAAGUGCGGUAUCCGUGGAAUGGAAGAUAUCCAAUCGUCACAUGGUUUGCCUUUAGAUUUGUUGGACAGAGUUCUUAUUAUCAAAACUUUACCCUAUUCAAGAACUCAAAUCGAGCAAAUCAUCAAAUUGAGAGCAGUUACGGAAAGUCUGCAAAUUGAGGACGAGGCUCUCACAGCUCUCAGCGAACUUGGCGAAAAAACGACUUUGAGAUAUGCUAUUCAGUUGUUGACACCUGCUUCCAUUACAGCUAAAAUCAAUGGAAGAACCAGUAUCAGCAAAGAAGACAUUGACGAGGUGAAAUUUUUGUUCCUCGAUGCCAAGUCAUCUGCUGAAAUUCUCUCUCAACAGAAGGAUAAAUUUUUGAAAUAGUUAAGCUAGGAUUUUUAGUUAAUCUAUGUUUUAAUUACCUUACCUACUUAAGUUUAAAAUAUUUUGUAAUAAAAUCCGCUUCAAAUAAUUAGUUGCCCGAAUCAUUGUAACGAAACAAUUCACCCUUGCUCUUUCGUCGCAACUUUUAAUUAUCCUAUUAAUGACAGAAUCAGUGUAGCAGCUAUAAACUAUGUCACGUAUUUUCUUGAGAAUCUUUGUCUUGUUUGCCAAUGGUCAAUGUAAAUUGAAAUAAACUCGC